AUGGCAACAUCGGAUUCAGAUGUUUUAAGUGUUUCUAGCUAUCUUUCAUUGGAUAGAGAUGCAGAAAUUCCAGAUCCUUGUUGUAAUGGAUGUAAUUUGACGAUUGAAGAAGGGUCAGUUGUAGCCUUUGGAGGGCAUAUUUGGCAUGUCGGAUGUUUCCGUUGUGCUAAAUGUAAUAGACAAGUAAGUCAUAAUUCAGAUGUUCUUCUUCUCUUUGAUGGGAGUCCUGUCUGUGAUAAAUGUUCUUGUAAUUGUAAAGUAUGUAAUAAACAUAUUGAUGGGUUUGCAAUUAUGACAGGGAAUGAAACUUAUCACUCUGAAUGCUUUCGAUGUGAUGCAUGCAAAAGAAAAAUUGAAGAUCUUGUGUUUGCCAAAACCAAUCAGGGAAUUUACUGUAUGUCUUGUCAUAAUAAUAAAAUGGAGCAAAAUAAAAGUUUCGAAAAAGAGUCACAAUUUCCUGUUACUUUUGGAGCUUUGAAUAAAUCGCUUCCAUCUAUUCCGAAAUCCUCCACUACAAACAGGCUUAAUUUGCAGACAUCUAGUACUGCAUCUGCUGUUCAUGAUGAGGUUACAGGAAGACCGUAUAUACGUUUUUCUCCAAAAAUAUCACAAACAGAAUUAUUAAAUGUUAAUCAACUUUUUCCUGAAUUUGAGAAUGAAGACAACUUGAAUUCUAAAAACGAUUUAAUGGGUUUACCACCUAUUUUGUCAUGUCAUGAACCUUCGGAUUUUUUUGAUUUCCCUAAAACUACUAUAAAUUCAGAAACAGAAUAUACUUCUAAGACUAGGAAUCUUGCAAGUGAUAACACUAUUGUUAAUAUUGCUAAUUCUAACGUUACUAAUAUUAAUACUACUAAUGUUAAUACAUUUUCUACAGAGACCUCUGUGUUAACAUCAAAUCCCGAAAAUUCUUUAUUAUUACCAAAUUAUGAAAAUUCAUUGAGUACGGAAGGUGUUUCAGAAACUGAAAAACAUACAGAAGAAAAGCCCAUUGAGGAGUUUUUGUCUGAAGAGUUUUUUAACUCUAAAAAAUUCAAUGACUUAACUAAUUUUUUAAAAAUUAAAGAUUUACAGAAAUCAGGGCACAUUCCGCCUUUAAAAGCAAAUACUCGUAAUACUUCUUUAAUAGGCAAUAAUGGAAAUAGGUAUUCUAUUUCUCUAGAAAAUAAUUCAAAAAAUGUAAAACCAGAUUUUGAAGAAAAUAUAUAUUCACAUAAUUUUUCUUCUAAAUAUAGUUAUCCAUUUCAUCUUAGUAUAAGCGCUUUGGCACAAAAGAUUAGUAAUGAUUCAUCAUACAUUGUAAACAAUAUACCAAAAAAACAUGAAUUUUUCGAUUUCAAGUCACAUAAUAAAGAUUAUAAUUCUAAGGAUUUAGACUUUGAUAUUUCAUUUAAAAAAAAUCAAGGAUAUAACUAUCAUUCUAAGAUUCCACCAAUUCAUUCUGAUUCAAAAUCAGCCUCUCCAUCUAGUACCAGAUUAGAAAUAUCUAAUUCACCUAAAGAUCUUACGUCAAAUGAAACUAAUAUUAACCUUUUAGAAUCCAAAGUUUCUAACGCAUCUUUAGAAGUUCCAUGUAUGGAAUAUUCUUCAUUACAACAAUUUGAGAAAGAUAUUUGUGAUUAUGAUGGUAAUUAUAUUAGAAAUCAAACUUUAGAAAGAAAUAAUUCUAAUCAAUCAUAUUCAAAAAUACUAAGUGUUAUACGUCACAGAAAAAGUGCUAGCGAAUCUAAACGAAAGACUUCAAAAAACAGUGCUUUUUUAAAGCAUUCUAGGAUUCAUAAAUCUCAAUUACAACCAUCAUAUUUAGAUCUAAAUGAAUCAAGCGAAAUUAUAGAAGAUAAUGAAAAAAAAGAUCAGCAAAAGACAGAAAAUUCAUAUUUCUUAAAGAAACCAGAAAUAAAAACCACUGAUAAUGAGUCUACAUCUUUAGAUAAAGAUAUAUUGAAAAAGAAAACAUUGCUUGUAGAGCUUGAUGCUAAACGUGAAAUUGCGCUUCAAGAAUUAAAGGUUCUUGAAAAUGAGCAAUUAGUUAGUCAAGAUUGUAUUAUAUCUAACGAAAUUUUUAUUAAUACCAUUAUUUCGAAAUUAUCAACAUCCUUAAAAAAUCUUAAAAACAAUUUUCAAUCAGAAAUAGAAACACUUAUUUUACAAAGAAACGCUUUAUAUGAAGAAAAUACACAGCUUCAAAAUUUACGAAGUAAAAUAACACAAGAUGUUCAUCAGUUAAAUUUUAAAAAAUUAGAAUUAAGAGAUUUAAAUGAUAAACUUGUACAAAAAAUUCAAGACCAAUUUCGUACAUAUAAAGGUUCAGGUGGUGCAUCUCCUGUAGGAGCAAACAACUUAUUUAGGAAUGAAAAUACGAAACCAUUACCACCAAUUAUCACUCCUGUAUCAAAAUCAAGUAAUAAUGACAAUUUUGAUUCAAUUUCAUAUACUGAAAGUGUUUCUACACCUGCUAGUGAAAAAGCUAAAUUGGAAUAUACUGAAUCCAGUGAUGAUAAUUCAUUAUCAAAAAUACCUAAUAAAGAUGAAAAUCGCUCAUUGGAUAAUAAAAUUUCAGCGUGGAAAAAAAGCACAGCAUUAACCAAAAAUCUUGUUAAGGGAUUUAAUAAAACUCGAAUGUCAGAAAAUAACGAUAUACAUAAUGAAUGUGGGAAUACCAGUUUAUUGUCAAGUCUAAAUAAUCUUACGUUUAAUAAUUCUUUAUCUAGUAAUAAUUUAAAACAUACAUUUUCUACAUAUACAUUUCUUCGUAUUACUAAAUGUGAUUACUGUGGAGGUAAGCUUUGGGGUAAUGAAAUGCGAUGCUUAGGAUGCGGAAUACCUUGUCAUAUUAAGUGUAUUGGUGAUAUUGUUACUAAUUGCAACAAAAGUAGUGAAUAUUUGCCAUAUCAUGAAGACACUUCAUAUACAUCAAAUCCAGUGAAUUUAUAUGUCUCAACUCUUUUUGGUAAUGAUUUAACAAAACAAAUUCAGGUCGAAAAUAGAAACAUUCCAUUUAUUGUAACUAAAUGUAUAGAUGAAGUAGAGAAAAGAGGGAUGUUUUUCGAAGGUAUUUAUCGUAAAUCAGGGAGUGCAUCACAAAUGCGUUCACUUGUUGAUGCAUUUAAUCGAAAUGACGUUAAUAGUUUGUCACAAUCUAAAUUUGAAGAUAUUAGUGUUAUAACUAGUGUAUUAAAACAGUAUUUUCGGAAACUUCCUAAUCCCCUUAUUACUUAUGAUGCAUACAAACCAUUUUUAGAGAUAGCUGUUUCUAAUAAAACUUGGAUGGAAAAAUUGGAAUUAAUAAAAGAUGUUUUAAGUAUUCUUCCAAAGGCACAUUAUGAUUGUCUAGAAUUUUUGAUAUUACAUCUUUUUAGCAGAGUAACGAAACAUUCAGAAAAAAAUUUGAUGUCUUCAAAAAAUCUUGCAGUAGUUUUUUCACCUACUUUAUUAAGAGAUGAAAGUGGUAUGCGAGAUAUUAUAGACAUUCAAGCUAAAAAUAUUGGUAUGCAAUAUUUGCUUGAUAAUGCAGAAAGCAUAUUUGGGGAUUCUUCAAAAGAAGAGCAUGAAAAUAAUGGAUUUAUAUAG